AGGAAACUGACUGUUAGCGACUUCAUCUCUGUCUUCAUAGUGGCUUCUUAGCUACAUCCAUAGUGAUCUUUGUCAAAACGCAAGUUUUCAUGCAGAUUCGGAUUCGCAUUUUCCAGUGUCAGUACCUGUAGCUAGGACAACAUUUUGCCACAAUAUGACGGCAAUGAAGAAGGCAAAAAAGCGACCCGCACCUUAUUGCGAUUCGGGGGUAGCUGAGAAGGAAGCAAAAAGCCCAGCCGCUACUGAGGAGCCAGUUGCGGUGAAGCCACUGGGACGUUUCCUCGGAAAAGUGCACGAAAUCGAAGAGGCAGAGAAGAAUCAGGCACAAGAUCCAGCACCAACCAAAGAAAAUGUGCCAGCUGAGGAGCAGCCCAAGAAGAAAGUAAAAAAGAGCAAAGCCUCGGAAAAAGAACCAGAAACCCCGGGAAACACGGAUGCCUCCACCGUAGCAGAGGACGACCAUGUAGUUGCUGCUGCAGUGAAACAAGACGAGCCGACAAAAAAGGUUAAAACUGUCGAAGCUCCGGUCGACGAAAAUCUCCCCGAUGAAGAUCCUGCGCCCUACCCGUAUGAAGCGGACGUCGCCGACCAUUUCGAAACGCCACGAGAGGCGUAUCAGGACUUGAAAUCUAUUCUGGAUUUUUACAUCAAGCAGACACACAACAGGUGCUUGCUCGGCUCCGACGACCGAAAUGCGAAGAUCACGAUCUACGACCCCUACUACUGCAAGGGAAACGCGAAGAGAAAGUUGACCGAGGUAAUGAAUAGCACUGCAAUAUCUACAACUCCAGACGACGCAGAAGACGAAGACAAAGUAGAAGGCGAGGAAGUAAACGAGAAAACGAUGGAAAAGCGCAAAAAGGACGAGCAGCGACACACUAAGCCCCCGGUCGAAGUGGUGAAUCAGAAGCGCGAUUUCUACAAAGAUCUGGAAGAAAAAAAUCUCCCAAAACACGACAUUCUCGUCACAAAUCCGCCCUUUUCCGCGGAUCACAAGAACAAACUUUUCGACUACAUCUAUGACGAGGCGGUGAAAUGUGAAAAGGAAAAGCGCGACACAAAGCCCUGGUGCGUCUUGCUGCCUUCCUGGACCUGCUCGAAAAAAUUCUACAGGCGAUUUUUGUUCAAACUCAGCGCCGUGGUGGAGGAGAGGAAAAACCGGGUGAAGGAGCAGAAGAAAAAGAAGAAAGCGGAGCAGGGGAAGAAGGUCACAGAUUCUUCAGCUGGAGCCGAGCAGAAUGAGACAAAGAACUCCGAUGACGCCAGUAGCAAUAACAUGAAAAACGCUGUUGCAGCAGAAAACAAGUUUGACGAGUUCGACGCAACCUCAGAGCGGAAAGCCGAAGUCUUUUACAUUGCGCCAAGGAAGAAGUACGAAUUCCAGCACGAUUUCAACGCCAGCAACACGAAGUCCGCACCGUUCUUCGGGCUGUGGAUUUGUGGCGGAUUCAAGAAUUAUACCGGCUAUGCGGAUAAGUUCGGCGGAAAAAAGCUGACGCUAGACCUGAAGGGCCUGCAAGACCAAAAGCUCGCGAGGACGCGCGAAGAUGUGCAGAAGCGGCAGGAACUGAACCCAAAUCAAAAGUGGCGGGCGGAGAAGUUCGGCGGCAAGAACGCAAAAGGAAACGGCAAGGGGAAAGCCAAAGGAGUAGCGAAGGGACAAAAAGGAGCAGACUCUUCGUCGCAGGGAGGCAAAGCGAAAGCUGGCCAAAAGGGUGUCAAAAAGGACAACGACAAGAAAGCCACGGAGGGCAAAGGAACGACGAAAAUUGAGGCAGGAAAAGUGGAAGCUACAAAAAGCACAGAAGCUGUGCCUUCCACGAAAGAAGCGAGUACAGCUUCCACCCCUGCUGCCGGCACGGCGGCUCCGAAGGUCGACAAGGCGAAUAUUAUCUGUCGCCACUUUCAAUCGGCAGCAGGUUGCAGUCGUGGGGACAAAUGCAAAUUCAGACAUGUUAAGGCGGAUGCUGAAUAGAUAGGAAAGCGCAAACUGUAUUUCUCUGCCUAUCAAGUUCGAACGUGCUAUGCAGGACUAGUUGAAGAAUUUUACGCACGUUUCGGAAU